CGUUUAAUAACAAUCUGACGCGCUCAUUUUGAAAAUGUUUGAUCAAUGUUUAUCUUUUUAAAAACAAACGCUUGGUUAUUUCAAAUGAAAUUAUGGCUACUAGUAAAGUUAAACUCCUGAACGAGGAACAAAAUGAAGAAAGCUUACGAAAGCAAGCUAAGAAAAUGGUAAAACAAAAGAAUAUGUCUAACAAGAGGCCAACUCAUUUAUUUAUGCAUGAAAAAUGUCUCACGGAAAUUCAAAAACCGAAGGAACCCAACCACAUUAUUUAUGCCUAUUUUCAUAAUAACCAGAUUACGAAGAUAACAAAUUUAAAUUUCCUUUACAAUUUAACCCAUUUGCACUUGCAAUCUAACAAAAUAACAAAAGUUGAGGGUCUGGAUAAUUUAACAAAAUUAAAGAAGAUAUAUCUUGGGGACAAUAAAAUAAGUGUUAUAGAAAAUUUAGAUAAAUUAAAAUAUUUAGAAGAGUUGCAUGUUGAAAAACAAUGUCCGGAGAAUUCAGACCCUCUCUGCUUUGAGCCAAGAAGUAUAAUAGCAAUAGGGGCCUCCUUGAGAAUUUUAAACGUUUCUGAAAACAAAAUAGCAGACAUGUCUUGGGCUAAGCCUCUUCGACGUCUCGAAGUUCUUAUCGCAAAGAAAAAUAAUUUAGACAAUGUUGAGGCUACAGCAGACAGCUUAUGCAGCCUUAUAUCUUUAGUCGAGAUAAACUUUAUCGAUAAUCCGAUGACCAAAAAGCAUCGAUAUAAGGAAAUUAUAAUAGCGCGAUGUGCACCUUUGCGCGUUUUAGACAGUGUCGUUAUUCACAACACAUCCAGAACAUUCCUUCAAAAUUUCGACAAAGUAGUUCGUUUACGCCAGUUAAACGUUAAAAACAAAAUAAAAAUGUCACGACAAGGACUCGAUGAUUUCUUCGAGUUGAAUAUGUUGCCUGGACCGAAGGCUCAGAGUGCUAUGUCUAUAUCAGAAUUUUCUAAUCAAAAACCGAGGAUUUCAGCCAUAGACUCCACUUAUACUUUCAUGCCAAGAGCCUUUUGGCGUAACAGGACUGCACCUCUUCGUGACACAAUUCUGCCGUUGGAGCCACCUCCAAUGCCAAAAGAACCUUCGAAAGCCUCACCCGCCAAGGGCAUAUUGAAAAAACCCAUGCCAAUGAAAUAUAUUUGAUUAUGCCAACGCUUUUGUUCUAGUUUUUGUAAUAUUUUGUAAAAAUUUUCGAAAUUUUUUUUUGCACUUUUUAAAUCUAAAAUUAUUGCAAUGGAAAUAUAGUUAUAUCUUUUUAAACAACUUAAUUGUAUUUUUAUUUUUUUUAUGAGUCAUCUAAUAAGAAGGUUUUGU